GGCGGGAGAGGGAGGGAAGAAGCACCAGCGCCGCGCCGCCGCGCUUGCCGAGGGAGGCCGUUGCGCAGGUUUGAUUCCUCUCCGCCAGCGCCUCGCCGGCCCAGGCCAUGUACCGGCAGAGCUUCCGCCCCCCGACGCCACCGUUCGCGGCCGCCGGCUUCCGGAGCCCUCCGUCCGGCGGAGGCCCCAUGCCGCCCUCCCCGCGGGGCUACGGGAACCCCCACCACACGCCGCCCUACGGCCACCGUCCGGGGCCUUACGGCAGCGGCCCCAGUUUUCACGGGGGCGGCGGACGGUUCGGGAGCCCCUCGCCGGGGGGGCAGACCCCGCGCAGGCCGCAGAACGUCAGCCCACGGUACCCGACUCCCUACGGCGGCAAAUCCCCGGCUGGAGCUCCCCUGCAUCCGCAGCAGCACAAGCGCUCGCCUGGGGGUUUCCAGAGGCACUACCAGGGAUCACCCAGGACAUCUACUCCAUUUGGUACACCGCAUGGCAGAGAGAAAAGAGUGUCUAAUGAUGUGGAAAACUAUUACAGACCUUCAAUGCUUGAGGACCCAUGGGCUGGCCUAGAGCCAGUUUCUGUUACAGACAUAAACCAGCAAUACAGCAGUGAGCAAACAACAUACACUGGUAAAAAAGGGAGGUAUUUCAGCUAACAUUUCUGAAAGGCCAAAUAACUCCACCUGGUCAGGAAAACUCUGGGACAAAAAUCUUUACGUUUACAAAAGAUGAACAAUAACCAAGACCUUAGGUAAUGCUUCUAUUUGACCACAUAUCCAUCCUUUUAUUCUACUUUUUUUUUCUGCAUUGGAUAUUUUUAUGUAUGAGAGGGAAAAAGGAGUGGUAGGAAAACUUACAUUUCUGGCUCCAAGGAAGUGCCUACCAGCUUUGAAGAACAAAAUGUUCUUUAGUCACCAGCGACUGAUUUGUAACUGUUAAAAAAAAAACAAACAGGUUUCCAUGCCAAGUUGUCAGCUUUUUAUUGUAUAUUCCAUUAGGAAAUGGUAUUUUUUUUUAAUGUUUGAACAUUUUUAGAAUGAAGUAACUUGGAAAUAAAACAAGUUUUGUAAAUCCUUGUUUUGUAAUGUAUAAAGAUUACUUUAGAACAUUUGUUAAGGUGUCCACGUGAACACAGACAGUGCUAGUGCAAUGAGGCGACUCUGUCAAUGUGCUUGCAUGCUCAUUUUGUGCAUAGAAUUCUUUGUUACUUGGAGCAUAACAUGAAGUUGAAAUGUGACUUUUAGCCAUCUCAGGAAACAACUGUGUUGUCUUUUAUGGGAAAUUUAAUUUGUUGAACUAGCUCCUGAGGCACAAAUGUAAUUCCAUAGUAAUUUGCUUUUGUAGCUUAAAAAAGAGACAAAAGAAAAAUAAAACUAACCCAACAAAAACCCAAAAACAAACAGUCCUUGCUUGGAACAAAAUCAGACAUUUCUGGGUUACAGUAACAACUCUGUUCAGUGGCAUUUGAAGUCUUAAGGAGCGCACAAAACAUAGAAUCAACCAGGUUGGAAGAGACCUCCAAGAUCAUCCGUUCCAGCCUAUCACCCAACUAGACCAUGGCACUAAGUGCCUCAUCCAGGCUUUUCAACACCUUCAGGGAUGGCAACUCCACCACCUCCCUGGGCAGCCCAUUCCAAUGGCAAAUCACUCUCUCUGUGAAGACCUUCAUCCUAAUAUCAAGCCUAAUUGUAUUUUGUGGAUCUGCCUGUUAGACCAGCAUAGGACAAGUGACAGUUAUUACACAGUUGACACAGGUACAGCACCUUGGGGUUUCCUACCUGCACAGGUUUUUUCAAUAUUUUUAAAGUUUUGGAGUUUGUUUGGUUUUUUUACCUAUGACAGGCAGCUUUGCCUGGAGAAGUCUUAUUUUAUGCAUGCAUGCUGUAUUUUCAUAAUAAAGAGGAAAACAAUGGAGUAUUUUUACAGCUUGUCUGUAUGCAGAAAAUAAAUUCAGUAGUAAACAUUAGCCAGACUAAAUAGGAAAUAGUUCCAUCUGCAGGCAUGCUUUUAAUAUGCCAUGUUAAGCCUGCAGUAGACAUCCAGAUUUUUAUCUUGGUUUUUAAGCAGUAGAGUGAAAACUCAGUAAAAAAAACAAACAGAAGCAUUAGUUCAUCUUUCAAAAGGUAUGUUUUGUUUUGAGCUUCUUAUUUGCUUCACAGAAAGCAUAUUUUUGUAGUCCUGAAGAAUGGUUAGGUCGAAAAAGCACAGGGAAUCACAUUAAACUGUUCUUUGUAACUUGUCUUUCCCUGAGGUAGAGUAGUCCUGUAUAAACUGCCUUGGUGUCAUUCAGGAGCAGUUUCAGUUUUGAACAUAACUGAAAUGUGCAAGUGGAGCCUUUGUUACUUCUGUCUUCCCCCGGUUGACCAUGGUGUUUUAGUUCUAUACCCCAAAAGGCUGCUCAGAGAACUGGAAACAUAAUGCCUGGUUGACACCAGAACAGUUAAAUCUUCACUGGAGGAUCCAGACUGUGCCUUAAAUGGCAUCUGUAGCAGGUACCAGCAAGACUGAGACAAGAAGUUGUAUAUAGUCUUUAGAAUUUAUAAAUCAAUUCAUCAAUGUCAUUGUGUGAAGUGAAGCAUAAAGUUUUCUUUCCUUCUGGUAUUUAACUGUGUCAGAUGCUGUGAAGCUCACCAAAAAAACGUUCCAGGGUGCUUAACCGAAUCACAUUUUGUUACUGUUUCCUUUGUAAUUCAGUGCAGUUUACUUUUUGCAGUGUUUGGUGAUCUUGGGGAAAGAGAUACCUAUUAAAGGCUAUGGACUGUUCCCAGUUAGAUGUGAGAAGAAACUGGGUUUGGAAAGGAAAAAGAUUGAUGAGAGAAGAGAAAUGGUUAGCGCUGGGACUGCUUAUACAGUACAGUAGCCAACAUCAGUUGCCCUUGCACAGUACAGAGAUGCAUUUUUCCACUUGGGCUUUGCAUUUGACGCAGAUAUCAAAGCCAGUCUCCUCUGGUAAUACUCCUGGAACUGAGUGUCAGACAUCAAUGAAGGUAAAUAUUCCAGAAAGAGAACUAAGGAAAUAGUCAUGAAGCAUUGUUGAAUUAAUACAGGCCCCCCACAAUGUCAUCUGUUGAGCUGCUGCUCCAAUGCACUGCAGGAUAUGACCCAACAAUUCUAAGUACAUCGUACUGCUAAAGACUCCAGCAAGUUGGUCAAGGAUCAGCAAGGAAUUAAAAUGUAGAUGCAAUAAACUUCCUAACCUCAUUAUACUCCACCUCUCUGGCUUCUAGGAGAAGUUCUGCAACUACAGUAAGAUUGCAAAAUGUCAUUGUUGAAUAAGCUGUAAAUGCGCAAACCUGUGUUCAGAAUGAUAAAUACUCUGUAGAUAAAGCCAGUGUAAGCUUUGCCUCUUUUGCUAUGACAUCCAGCUUAAGCACUCACCCCUGUUUCUCCUUUUUCCCAUAUGGCAAACAUUGUUUUCACCCACAUGUUUCUAAUGGAGAUAGGAUCCGUCACUUCCGCAGCCUGGCUCUGGAAGUGGCAUUUGGUGGGAAGAAGUACAGCACAAACAUAGCCUUUCUUCAUGACCCCACGGAACAAAAUAGUGCCUGUGUCUUGUUAAAAGAGGGAUUGCUCUAUAGCAAACACACUAAGAAUAUGAGAAUAUGAGCAUUGUUCUUUGUUCAACAGACUUCUUAGAUUUUUAAGGUAAGUCAUUUAGCUCCUUUUCACAACUCUGCAUUGAUAUACUUCUCCAUUCUGUCAUCUUGGUGCUGUUUGUCCAGUCCAACUGACAUCACAUUUGGUUGUAAAGGAGUUGUAUAACUCAUUACUAACUUUUCUAGCAAAAAUUCAGUUUCAUCUGUUGCUGGUUGCUGCUGUGCUGAACAGUAAACUCUACUGCUACUGCCCUGUGCUAACAUCACAGCCAGACAGCUGAAGUCAGCAGAGUACAGCUCUCUGUAACAGCAACACAGGAGGCGGGGAGGUGUGAAGCUGUGUAGUGCAAUACUUCAUAGAGCUUAGGUUGGGGGUUUCUCUGCAACUUUAGUAUGGAAUAUUCAUUCUCCUCUGUCACUUUGUACAUCCCAUUUUACAUUAAAACUGUAUAACAAUCUAGAAUGUUAAACUUUAAAGCUAGAUUAAAAUAUAUGUAUUGAGCUACUGCUCUUGAGAAUUAGCGGUAAGGCAGUGGGAUGGAUUUCUCGUGUCAGAACUGGGAACACUUUGCAGAAGGUCUUCUGGUUGGCAGAACAGGUAUCUACUUCUGCAGACAGGUUAUUUUCCUAUUGAGGACAUCUUUCUGUGCUCAUCACUUCAUAUUAAGUAUGUUAAUCAAACAUCUGAGGGGGGAGCAGGGAAAGUCUACAAAUAAAGUAGCUCCUUUUUAAAGAACAGCUUUUAUAGGCUGUUUGGGUUUCUGAGUAAUCACUGAUGUCAGAAGAUUUACUCAUGCAACCAAGAGAUGUAAAUACCUAAACUUCACACUUCAAACAUUGUAUCAUGUAUUUCUCUGCCAGUGCUUUUUGUCAGCUCUGUAAUAAACUGCUGUUUAGCAAAUGCUGUGAAUCUGAA